CUUCGGCGCUGCACUCACGGUGGAUUUAGGAGAGAUAUUAUGAGGCUGUUGUCAUUAGGGCGAUCGCGGCCGAAUCACUGAAUCGCUUUGCGCCUCGGCGGCGGCGGCGGCGGCGGCAACAGCGGCGCCCGGGUCGGGAGGUGUGUGUGUGUGGAGAGAGCCCGCAGCAGCGCGCGGAUGCCUGCCUGCCCGCCCGCCUGGGCACGCGUGUGCGUGUGAGUGAGCGAGCGAGCCGGUGCCUGCCUGCCCGUGUGCGAGUGUGUGUGAAAGGUGGUGGGAGUGAGUGAGUGUGUUUGUGCGCGUGUAUGAGAGAGAGAGGGGAGUGCGCGCGCGCGGCUGAGUGCGUGUGUGCGUUUGGAUGAGGGUCUCUAUGUGGCUGCGCGUGCGGGUGCGGGUGUGGAUGCGCGUGGGGUGCGUGAUCCCCCUGUCCCUCCCCUCUUCCUCUUCUUCUUUCUCUGCGCCUUCUCCGUCUUCCUGUCUUCCUUUCUUUUCGCUUUGAUCCAGCUCCUCUCUCUCUCUCUCUUUCUCUCUCUUUUCCUUUCUCUCUUUCUCUCUCUAGUUUUCCGACCCCCCUUCCCCGUCCGCCAGGCUGGGUCCCAUGGUGUUCAGGUCCCCUCUAGAGCUCUAUCCCACCCACUUCUUCCUGCCAAACUUCCCCAGCGACCCGCACCACCACCACCGCUCGCUCCUUCUGGCCAGCGGUGGCAGCAGCUCCGGACCUGGAGGAGGAGGAGGAGGCAGCGGCGGUGGCAGCGGCGGCAGCGGCAGUGCCGCCACCGGUUGUAGCGGAGGAACCGCCGGUGGCGGCGGCGGAGGAGGAGGCGCCUCUCGAGGAGCCCCGGAAGAACUGUCCAUGUUCCAGCUGCCCACACUCAACUUCUCCCCGGAGCAAGUGGCCAGCGUCUGCGAGACGCUGGAGGAGACGGGCGACAUCGAGAGGCUGGGCCGCUUCUUGUGGUCGCUGCCGGUAGCGCCAGGGGCAUGCGAGGCGAUCAACAAGCACGAAUCCAUCCUGCGCGCCCGGGCGGUGGUGGCCUUCCACACGGGCAACUUUCGAGACCUUUACCACAUCCUGGAGAACCACAAGUUCACCAAGGAGUCGCACGGCAAGCUGCAGGCUAUGUGGCUGGAAGCGCACUACCAGGAAGCCGAGAAGCUCCGCGGGAGACCUUUGGGCCCCGUCGACAAGUACCGCGUGCGCAAGAAGUUCCCCUUGCCCAGGACCAUCUGGGACGGCGAGCAGAAGACGCACUGCUUCAAGGAGAGGACUCGCAGCCUCCUGAGGGAGUGGUACCUCCAGGACCCCUAUCCCAACCCCAGCAAGAAAAGGGAACUGGCCCAGGCCACCGGCCUCACCCCCACGCAAGUGGGCAACUGGUUCAAGAACCGCAGGCAGAGAGACCGGGCGGCCGCCGCCAAGAACAGGCUCCAGCACCAGGCGAUCGGACAGAGCGGCAUGCGGUCCUUGUCAGAACCGGGCUGCCCUACCCACAGCUCGGCGGAGUCUCCGUCCACGGCGGCCAGCCCCACCACAAGCGUCUCCAGCCUGACGGAACGAGCCGAGACGGGCACGUCCAUCCUCUCGGUAACCUCCAGCGACUCAGAAUGUGAUGUAUGAUAACGGAACAAAAAACAAAACAGAAUACUACAAAAAAAUAACAAAUAAAAAAGGAGGAAAAACAAACAAACCUUUAAAGGAGGAAAUAAAUAAAUAAUAAUAAUAAUAAACCAAUCAGGAAAAAAGGCAAAAAUAAGCCCCCCCUUUCUCCACCCACCCACCUACCUACCCCGAGCGAGCGAGAGCAGCCGCCCCCCUCUCCGAACUGCCCCGGCCUCCGAGGAAAGAAAGCAACAACGAGCCGCUUUCAGAACACUCGUAGGCAGAGCAGCGAAACAACGAGAGAGAAAAUUACAAAAAGACCUUUAAAAGAGUUGUUGUUGUUGUUUAAAAAAAAAGGAAUUAAAAACCCAAACCUUUACCAAGCAAAUGAUUGAAAUAAGAAACAAACCAUCCACUUAGGCAAAAAAAUAAAAAAUAAAAGCAUAAAGGAGCAAACCACAAGUUGGACAGUUGCUGAUUCUGGAGCGGGGGGGAGAAAUAAUGCUAAUGCUCAUACUUUGCUAUUAUAAAUAUUAUUAUGGCGAAAGGAAGAAAGAAAGGUGACAUUUGUAUUCUUUGUAGGACGAAAGCACGUUCCAGCUCUACUUUUCUUUUCCUCGUUUUGAUUUUAUUGUUCGCGCUUUCCCAUGGACAGCAUCUCACCCAUUUUGCAUGACGAUGAUUCAAUUUGUAUCUGGGGAAAAGGGGGGGAUAUGCUAUUCUCUAUAAUAAAUGAACAAAAAGGAGAAAAAAGACUGGGGUGUGGGACGGGAGGAAAACUCCGAUCAAAUUUGUACAAAGAGAGAGAGAGAGAGAGAGGCUUUUUAAAAUGAAAAACGUUUAAAGGAACUCUUUGAAGAGGGAAAUAACAAAUGUUUAUCGCCUUUUUUGUUGGGUUUUUAUCAAUCUUUGUCUCUCUGGAUCUGUAAUCCCCCCCCCCAAAGUCCAAGCGAUGGUCUAAUCUAGAUGCAUCCCCCCCUCCUGCUCCGCCUCCUCCUUUUCUCCCCCUCCGUCGUUGUUUUUAUUUUAUUUUUAUUUUUUAAGAAUUUUUAUUCUUUUGUUCAACAGACAAUCAUUUUCUUCGUAAGCACCUUUUUUUCUACACGUCUGUCACUGCCUGUGUGGGUACUGGUUAUAAAUGUGGAAAAAGAAUAGUUAUGACUGUAACAGAUUUUUAUUUUUAUUUCAAAAUUUUAUAUGAAUUAUGUAUAUCUUAAUGAUGCGGUCAUUUCCCCCAGUUUGUAAUAUAUGUGUAGAAAAUUGCUUGUAUAUUAUAUUUGCUCUUCUCUUUGACUUUUCUUCUCUCUGUCCCUUUGCCUUCUUCUCCCUUGCCUCUUUCUUUCUUUCUUUCUUUCUCUUUCUUUCUUUCUUUCUUUCUUUCUUUCUUUCUUUCUUCUCUUUCUUUCUUUCCUUCUUUCUUUCUCUUUCUUCUUCUCUUUCUUCUCCCCCUCCUCCUCCUCCUUCUUCUUCUUCUUCCUCCUCCUCCUCUUUUUUUUUUUAAAGAAAAACAUUUUCCCUGACUUGAGUUCCUUGCACAAACUUAGUUGUCAAGAGGUGAUGGACUAGGUUUUCAAAAGGGACCUCAACGGUAGACGAAACGAGGCUUAGAGUGCCACUGUCCUUCUCUUAUGCAAAAGCAUUUUUGAGUAUUUAAAUAGCAGCUUUGGGGGUCUCUUCUAAAACUCCACGUAGGACACUUAUACCACUGUUUCCCUUACUGCGUGUUUAUCUAUAUGUACAAACUUUCUUAAAAAAAAAAAUCAAAUACAGUAUUCCAUUUUUCUUAUCUA